AUGGCAGAUUUAAGGAAAAAAGUGGUGUUGAAUCAUAAGAGAAGAGUCAGCAUAGGUGAUAUUACAACGGAAUUAUCACAGAGUGGAAGACUUACUACUGGAAAUGUGAAGAUUCCAGAUGAUGAUUAUUAUGGAAAUGAUGACGAUGAUGGAGAUUUAGGUAGAGAGCGAAGAGAGAAUCUUUUGAAUUGUGAAAAGCUGAAUCCGAAUCAACUGGGAAACAACGAUAUCCAAUGUCCUAAUCUUCAGAAGCUAGAGGGUCUCGACGAAGAGUACCGAAUGUUUACGGAUACUCCACCAUGUCCGGUAUUGAAUCAAUCGAGAGAAUUCAUGACGAGAUCACUACUCGACAGCGCAGUAUCCUACGACCACUUGAAGAAUGCUUCGAUUCAACCGGACCUACACUCAGUCGGCUCACACAGAGGAAUCAAAAUCAUCUCACCACAAGUUGUAGAGCCGGUCAUAGUACAGAAAUCAGCAGCAGUAGUAGUUGAACAACCACCAACACCAAUUGUACAGCCAAUCAUCCUAUCAAGAAGUUCAAGUCAAGAUACCAACAAAACUAGAAGUAGUAGUAGUAAUAGUAGUAGUAAUAUUAGCAAUAACAAUAGUAAUAGUAGUAGUAGAAGUAAUAGUAGUAAUAAACUAACAACAGUUACAACAAAUAAUACAACUAUUAGUUUAAUUUCAGAACCAUCAACAUCGACAACGACAAUAGUAUCACCUUCAACUACGACAACAGUUAUUAAACAGAAAAAGAUAAAACAUAACUUUUUGUCGUUGGAUCAACAUAAUAUAUUUAAAACGCACGUUCCAGUUCUAUCAGAGAAAUCACAGAUCUUUCUCGACUUGUUCAAGCAGGUGCUAAGAGAGAAGGAUGAGAUUAUGAAUAGAAACAACCGAUCGCUGAGGAAUUUCCUGUUGAAAUUCAUGAAUACCUGCAAGGUUAUGAUCAAUAGCGGUAGUUUCCUAAUGAUUGCCGAAGACAUCAAGUUCAUUGGCGAGAUCACCGUUAAGAGUGGAUACUUUAUUGAAUCGAUGCGAUCGCUCUUCCGACUGCUGGGCGAACUGAGGAAUACCGACGAAACACUGACGUUCUUUGUCGAGUUCAAAAAGAUGGUGGGCGUUAUCAAUAGUAUCACCAAGGCGAUCACCAAUGAAUCGCAAACCUACGAGAUGUUCCAGAUCGAGGAGAAGCAGCGUAUGAAGAUAGUGACGUCACUCAAGAAUCUCAUCAACUUUGUGUUGCACAACGAGGAGUUCAUUGUGCUCAUCAAGAACAUCGAGAAUCUCAAGAAACAGAUCUCCAUUGCCAAGGAGGAGCAAAAGAAGAUCUUCCCUAUUGAACGACUACGUGACAUCAUGAAGGACGCUCCGAUAACCAACGAUAUUCUCUUGGCGAUUCAGAGUAUCAUCGGUGAGCAGAUAAACAUCAAGAUCAUGGCGAGAAACGUUCGUGAGGUGGUCAACUACGUAAAGACUAACAAGUCUUAUCAGGAGACUAUAAAGGAGUUCACUGACUUGGUGAGCAAUAUCUACUCGAUGGACGAACUCUACAUGAACGAGGAGUUGGAGCUUCGUGCGCGUAACAUCAUUGACAAGCUGGAGAAGAUCUUCAUCGAGAUCUGUGCGCUGCCAUCGAUGAUUGAGUUUCGUGUGCAGACAUCGCUGGUGAUAACGUCGUUCAAGAAAGACCAUCUCAACUCAAAGUUUAUCGACGAUCUCAAGCUACUCUUCAAAUCGAUGUUGAGACCGGUCUCUGCCAGUGGUGAUAAAAUGAAGUAUCGACUCGACUAUGAAAUGUUUAAUGAAAUCAAACACAUGUUAAUUCCAAUGGCAAUCAACAAGAUAAGAUCGAUACCACUGCCUGUUAUAACAAAUAUGGAUGAUGUUAAUAGAGAAAAGAAAAUAGAUUUUAAAUUGGAAGAUAUCAAUAUUAAACUUACAUUUUUCGAUCCCAAUUGCUUCAAUGUCGGAAUAUUGGCUUGUGUUCAAGCAACUCCUCUUACUUUAUCUGGAAAGGUUUCAUCUCUACUAAUGAUUGAAUUAACAAAUAUUAAAUUUAGAAUCGAUAAUAUGAAAUGGUAUUUCAAGAAAUAUGGUAUUCCUAGAAUAAAAGAUACAGGUUUAGCAAAUGUAUUUACAGGUGAAAGAGGUAUCGAUAUAAAAGUUAAAUUAGAAGUUUCACAAGCUUUGUUUGCACAAAAGAGAUUAUUCACAAUAUCUAAAGUUAAAUGUACAAUCAAUGAUAUACGUAUGUGUUUAUACUUUAACAAUACAAUUAAUAUUAAAAAUAUUCAAAUAUUAAAUAGUAAACAUAAUAGAAUCUAUGAGAAAAUAUUUAAAUUGUUUCAAAAGAAGAUUAAAUCUGGUUUAGAGGAAGCGAUCAUCAAGAAAAUGUAUGAAAAGAUAUCGGAUCUAGAACAGUCGAUAUCGAGUGUGUUGUUUACAUCGGACGAGAGUAAAAAGGUGACGUUAGAUCAAAUUAGAAAAGUCGAGAAACGAGUACAACGUGAGAAGAUUAUGGAGAGAAUCGACAUGGAAUUACCGAAUCGAUCAAAGGGCAGACGAAGCAGUCAUUCUACAGGUGGUUCAGCAUCGUCCUCCCAAGCUGAUCUCUACCAGAUCAAGGAUUUCCUCAACAAAGACACACAGAGCGAUGUCAUCCCAUCGAACGAUACGACAUUGCAGAACGACACUGCCUCGGUCACCUCGGUCACCUCACAUCCCAACUACUGCGACAACCUCGAAGAUCUCAAGAAGCUCGCUCGAAAGAGUCUCAAUACCUCUAUUCACAAACGUCGAUCGAGUCUUGGCGGUCGAGUCGAGUCGAUACCGGUCACCUUCAAAGAGGAACUACAGAUUAACCCCAAACUAAAAGAACAUCUUACCAUCAUGAAGUAUCAUCAAUUCGGAAUACCAUUGGAAGAGGAUGUAUCACCAGGCAUUUACACACGAGGAUGUCCAACUCACACCAGAGUAUCAACUGAUCCUUUCCUCCUUAAAUAA